GAGAGAGAGAGGCGGUUCAGCCCCGUUGUGGUCUCAGCAGCAGCAGCGGCUUAGAGAGAAUAGUGCUACACCACUGUGUGUUGUGCAGGAACAGGCACGACAUAUCUGAAAACCGCCAGCGGAACAAAUGAAAACGAAAAGUACUCUUUCGUGUGGAUUAAUUCAAGGGCGAGCCAGUCAAUCGAAGCGAGAGGCUCUUUAAGUGAAUUUGGAUCGACUGACGAGGAUCGGAACAUCAGCUACUGUACGAUAACACCGCCGGAUGGUAUCUCCUGCCCCGCCGCUAAGGUUUGCUGGCUAAGCGAAACAGCCAAUAAUGUACGGCAUCUGCUCUGCAGCCACACCCACUUCCUGUCUGUAGAGGAAGCGGCUGUGCCAGCAUGUCCUCUCACCCCCAGUCUGUGCAGCCGGGCCGGAGGACUGUGGACACACGGCACCUGCCAAACCCGGCAAGUCUACCACUGCAGCUGCAACGGGCACACACGGAAGUGGGACUGGUUGACUACCACUCUCAUCAUGCCAGGGACUACAGCUCCCACCUGGCCCAGCCCCAUCGUCGUCGCCCCUCCUUACUUUCGGAGUUCCAGCCUGGAAAUGAGAGAGGACAGGAACAGCAUAUCCGCUAUGAGCACAUGUACCUGCCAGAGCCCAGCGGCCAAUCGGAGGUGGAGUAUGCAGAGAUCAAAAGGCCUCGUCUAGAGAUGAACCCAGAGUCUCUGAUGAGGCCUUCAUCCCACCGGCCACAAUUGCCUCUCGGAGCAGCUGAGGAUAUGGCAAAGGACCGUGGAAUGGGGAAGCUGGAGCCAAUCUCCCCUGUGAGCCCGGUCCAUAUGGACCCUGACUUGGAUCUGGUGCCGGCUCGCUUCUCCAAGGAGGAGCUGAUCCAGAACAUGGACCGUGUAGACAGGGAGAUCACCAUGGUGGAGCAGCAGAUCUGCAAGCUUCGCAAAAAACAGCAACAGCUGGAGGAGGAGGCUGCAAAGCCACACGAGCCAGAGCGAACCAUUUCACCACCACCCAGUGAGGCCAAGCACCGCAGCCUGGUGCAGAUCAUCUACGACGAGAACAGGAAAAAGGCAGAAGAGGCUCACAGGAUACUGGAGGGACUGGGACCCAGGGUAGAACUGCCUUUGUACAAUCAGCCUUCUGAUACCAAGCAGUACCAUGAGAACAUCAAAAUAAACCAGGCGAUGAGGAAGAAGCUCAUCUUAUACUUCAAGAGGAGAAAUCAUGCUCGUAAGCAGUGGGAACAGAAAUUUUGCCAGCGCUAUGACCAGCUGAUGGAAGCCUGGGAGAAGAAGGUGGAGCGCAUUGAAAGCAAUCCGCGGCGCCGAGCCAAGGAUAGCAAGGUGCGGGAGUACUACGAGAAACAGUUCCCAGAGAUCCGCAAGCAAAGGGAGCUACAGGAGCGCAUGCAGAGCCGUGUUGGGCAGAGAGGAGGUGGGCUAACCUCUUCUGCAGCUCGCAGUGAACAUGAGGUCUCCGAGAUCAUUGAUGGAAUAUCAGAGCAUGAGAACACAGAGAAGCAAAUGCGGCAGCUGGCGGUCAUCCCUCCUAUGCUUUUCGAUGCUGAGCAGCAGCGCAUCAAGUUCAUCAACAUGAAUGGAUUGAUGGAUGACCCCAUGAAGGUGUACAAGGACCGGCAGGUUAUGAACAUGUGGAGCGAACAGGAGAAGGACACUUUCAGGGAGAAGUUCAUCCAGCACCCCAAAAACUUUGGUCUGAUUGCGUCUUUUCUGGAGAGAAAGACGGUGGCGGAGUGUGUGCUCUUUUACUACCUGACCAAAAAGAACGAAAACUACAAGAACAUAGUGCGGAGGAACUACAGACGCCGAGGAAGAAGCCAGCACGGGCAGCAGCAGCAGCAGCAGCAGCAGCAGCAGCAGCAGCAACAGCAGCAGCAACAACAGCAGCAGCAGCAGCAGCAACAACAGCAGCAGCAGCAACAGCAGCAGCAGCAACAACAGCAGCAGCAGCAGCAGCAACAACAACAACAAGUGCACCGGGGCAGCCAGGAAGAAAAGGAAAAGGAGGAGAAAGAGAAGGAGGGAGAGAGGGAUGAAGAAAAAAAUGAAGCUGAAGACAAGGAAGAUGGAAUGAAGGAUGACACCUCUGGAGAAGAUGCAGAGGACAAAGAGCCUACUGUGGCGUUUAAGGGUCGACGCACAGCCAACAGCCAGGGGCGCCGCAAGGGCCGAAUCACCCGUUCAAUGACCAGUGAAGUGGAGGAGACCACCACACCCCCACUCAACAAUGAGCUUGCCAAUCUGGAGAUGAAUGAGAGCUCUCGCUGGACUGAAGAAGAGAUGGAAACUGCCAAAAAAGGCCUUCUCCAGUAUGGUAGGAAUUGGUCUGCCAUCGCCAAGAUGGUGGGAUCCAAAACUGUGUCACAGUGCAAGAACUUCUACUUCAACUACAAGAAGAGGCAGAAACUGGAUGAGAUCCUGCAGCAGCAUAAAAUGAAAUCGGAGAAAGAGCGAAAGGCCCGUCGUAAGGGCAAAGCCCUUCAGAAUGAGGAGACCAGUGCCCCCUAUACAGCAGAGGAGGAGGAGAUGGAGGGCUCAGGAGCCAGUGGCAACGAAGAGGAGGCCCCUGAAGAUGGAGAAGGUGGAGCCAACAACAGCUCUGAUACAGAGAGCUUGCCCUCGCCACACUCAUCAGAGGACAGCAAGGCUAAGGAGGAAGGCUCGAGCAGGUCAAAGGCCAGCUCCACCACUGGGGACAAGGAGGUGGCCGGGUCAGAAACGGGCCAGGCAGGGGAUGAGAAACCUCCAGUCAAGGAAGAUGCAGAAUCACUCAUCAAGCAGGAGAUAAAGACUGAGACAGGGGAGCCCAGCAAAGAACAACUGCAGCCAACCUCACCCAGCGAUGCCAUAGAUAAAAAACCUCCCACUGCAGAGCUGGAAGAAGGUAAAAGCUCCAGCAAGAGCUCCAAGAAGGACCACGGGCCCAGAACAGGUUCCAAUGGGGACAGUGACUCUAGUGCCACUUGCAGCGCUGAUGAAGUGGAGGAGACGGACAACACAGACAAGAACAGAAUGACCUCUCCGCGGCCAAGUCUUCUGAACUACACUCAUGAUGGGGUCAUAUCCUCGCCGCUGCAGAAGCCCCUGGACCUGAAACAGCUCAAACAGAGGGCUGCUGCUAUACCACCGAUUAUGCCAGAAGCCUCCAUGCAAGGCAUUCAGCGCAGCGUAGGUGGCAAGGCAGUGCUGCCCCCUCAUGCCCUGGCAUUGUACCAGCAACAGAUCACCAUGGCUCAUGGGGAGUCAUCUCAGGAAGUCAAAAUGCAGCAGCAGCAACAGCAGCAGCAGCUUCCAGGCCAGCCAGGCAAACAGCAGCCGUACACCUUGCAGGCAGACAGAGACAGGGAGGCUCUUCACAGCAGCAGUCCUCGUAUUCGCCCGCGCAGCCCCGCCACCAGCGACAAGGAUGAGCUGGAAGGCAACGAGAGGUGGUUACUGACCCUCCUGCAGGGAUUAAAAAAGUCCCGGGCUUUCUCCCCGCAUGGUGAAGCCAAGAAGCAGGCACUGGGCCCCGACGACCUGAGGACCUCCACCUUGGGCCGACCAGUUCUCUCCCCCUACCCCAUGUCCCCACGAGACAUGGCCAAGAUUAGUCAUGACCAACACCUGCUCCACUUCAACUCGUUCCAGCAAACAGGCCACCCCUCACUCCCUAAUCUGCCACAGGACAGUGGAAGGCUAGCAGCAGUGAGGCCCCUCACAAUGCCAGAGCCUCCACCACUCAUUUCCUCCACCAAGCCAGGGGGCUCCAUCACACAGGGCACCCCAGUGCUGCACAGCCCAGCUCAUGGGUUGGACCAUGGUAGAAUGACCCCCACGCAGAUGGGUCUGUCUUGGAUGGAUCAAAGGAAAGCCGGUCCUUUUCCCGUAAUAAAGCCGGAACAGUUGUCCCCUCGCAGCUCGUCCUCUCAAGCCGAUAACCUGCAAAGCCAGGGGUCGCCUCAUGAUAGCGCUGCAUGGGACGUGGUGGGUUCUAUUCCAGCUGUUCAGGGGGGCAGUAUCACUAAGGGUAUCCCAGGGAGCAGAAUGCAUCCAGAUUCCUCAAUCUCCUACCGAGGUGGCUCCAUAACUCAGGGGACGCCAGCUGAUGUGCUGUAUAAGGGAACCAUAACCCGUCUGAUCACAGAGGAUAGCGCCAGUCGAGCUGAGAGGGAACGGGAUGAGGCACUUUCUAAAGGCCAUGUGGUUUAUGAGGGUAUCAGUGGGCACAUUCUCACAUAUGACCGACCAGCUUCUCAGACCCCUAAAGAUGAGGGCAUUCUAGGCCUGAAGCGUCCGUAUGACAUUAUGGAGGGAGGUAUCUCAAGAGGCCUGCCCUUGAGGGAUUCACAUUCUGCUGCCAACUGUGAAGGUCUGAUUGGGCGAGCCAUGCCUCAUGAUAGUCCUCACCACACACCUUACAAGGAUGCUCACCACAUCCGUGGCUCCAUCUCACAAGGUAUACCUCGUCAUCUGGACCCUCAGGAUGGCUACCUGAGGAGGGAGCCUAAGCAGAUGAAGAGAGAGGGCUCCCCACCCCGUGGGCCUGGUUCGCUUUCUGACCCAAUGAAGGGCAGAGAGGCCAUGGUGCCUACGGUGAAGGAGGCUGGUCGCUCCAUCCACCUCAUUCCCAGAGAGGAGCUCAGACAGCCUGCCAAGGAGGGCAUCAUGGCACAGGGAACACCCAUGAAGCAGGAGGCAAUUGGUUCAGGGAAACGUCAUGAUGUCCGCUCCAUUAUAGCCAGUUCACCACGUUCCUACCACAAUGCACCUUCCCACAUGGAAAUGCGUGCUGAGAGGGGCCGCUACGACGAGGUACCAAAAGGGCGGCCCAGUGCGGUGGUCAGUACGGCUAGCCCUAUAGCCCGCUCUUCUCCCCUUACACUGGGGUCAGAGCAGGGAAGCAAGGCUCAUCAUAGUCCAGGGAGCUACGAGGACAAAGGCGCCUUACGGGCCCCUUACCCCGGGCCUUCACAUCGUGGCUCCCCUUUGUCUAGGGAGGCAAGCCAAAGGCAGCAUGAUGGUUCGAGUAAGAAUCCGCCUCAGGAGCGUAAAUCCACACCAACCCCCAGGGAAAUGAGUGCCACCAAAUCACCACUCCAGGGUGUUCCAGAUCAACAGACCUAUGAGCGGCUGCUGCAGGGUCUUGGGGCUGCAGACGUGUACCGUCAAAUCCCAAUAGCCUUCGACCCUGCGUCACUGCCCCGCGGGAUCCCCAUUGACCCAGCGGCCUACUACUUACCUCGCCACCUAGCGCCCAACCCAGCGUACCCUCACCCCUACCCCUACCUCAUCCGUGGCUUUCCUGACACUACGGCCCUGGAAAACCGCCAGACACUGCUCAAUGACUACAUCACCUCCCAGCAGAUGCACCAGUGGCCUGCAGCUGCUGCCAUGGCUGCCCAGCGCUCAGACCUGCUGAGGGGCCUUACUCCACGAGACCAGCCCAUUCCUCUAACCUACUCUGCAGCCCCACGAGGGAUCAUCGAUCUUUCUCAGGUGCCGCACUUACCUGUCCUGGUCCCUCCCUCUGCAGGGGCAGCCGGCUCCCCAAUGGAUCGCAUCACCUACAUCCCUGGGGGAAGCGGCACCUUCCCUGGCAGGCCUUACACCACCUCCCCCAUCUCACCUGUUGGGUCCUCACACAUAAGCAAGAUGCAGGGAGCAUCUUCAGACCGUGAGCGUGAAAGGGACCGUGAGCGGGACCGUGAGAGGGAGAGGGACCGGGAGAGAGACAGAGAGCGGGAGCGUGAACGCGAACGAGAGAGGGAACGGGAGAGAGACCGUGAAAGGGAAAGGGACCGGGACAGAGACCGAGAGCGUGACAGAGAGAAGGGCGGGUCACUUGGAAAUGUGGAGCACGCCCCCAUCUGGCGACCAGGUACAGAACACAGCUUGGCAAGCAGUAGCAGCAGCAGUGUGAGACCUUCCUCCCAACCGUAUAGCCACCAGCACUCCCCAGUGUCCCCUCGCAACCAAGAGAACGUGCAGCAGAGGCCAAGUGUCCUGCACAACACUGGGGGAAAAAGUCUUUCUAUCAACGAUCACUCCAGCUCAUCUGUGUUUCGGUCAAUGUCCUCAGGGCCGGCCCGCUACCAAGGUUAUCCUGGCCACCUCCAAAGGACAGGUAUGCCCCCUGAGGCCUACCCAUCUGUCAUGGACUCAAAUGUAGCCAAAGAGCAGAGUCGCGAUGGAGGCAAAAACAGGGGUGGUCUACCCAAGCACUUGCAGGACCAGCACGGGCCCUCCAGUAAAUCUGACCCCAAGCUGUCCUGCCCGAGCCCAGGAGGAAUGUAUCCAGGUUCCUAUCCCUCGGCUCCAGGCCGGCCCCAGCACCUGCUCCCUCCCCAGUCGGAUAACCCUCCUUGUCGUGGAGAAAGCGGUACACCUAGUAGGGAAAAGACUCAAAACAAAGCGAUGUCCAUUCAGGAACAAGAGCUCCGAGCACUCGCUCAACAGAAGAUGGAGCCACACGGACUAUACCGUCCUCCAUCUGAGGAGAGACUGUCUCCAGGCCAACAACCCCCAUCCCCCUGCGUUAAAGGCAGCCAGAGGGUGGUCACCCUGGCACAGCACAUCAGUGAGGUGAUAACUAAGGACUACACCAGGCAGAGCCAGCAGCAGCAGCAAAGCUACCACGGCUCUCCUGUCCUGGACUUGACCCGUCCACCCAGUGCCUCCCAGCCCCCACCCAUCUCACAGGAGUCUGUCCAAGGGUCCCGAUAUCCAGAGGGCCUCGGUGGAGAACGCAACAGAGACCGGUCUCCUCCUCAGCCCAAAACAUCUCCUGUUAGUGUUUCAAAUGAUGGCAUUGAACCAGUGUCUCCAGCUGGAGCAAAUUCUGAACCUGAGGUCCAGGGAGGAGCAUCUUACUCCGAGCAGGGAGAGCAAGGAAUGGGCUCGCGUUCCCCUCCCAAUGCCGCCCAGCCUCCAGCUUUCUUCAGCAAGUUGACAGAGAGCACCUCAGCUAUCGUGAAGUCAAAGAAACAGGAGAUGAUCAAGAAGAUGACGGUGGUCGGAAAUGAGGGUGAUUUCAAUACUGGUCAGCCAGGAACGGAGAUAUUCAAUAUGCCGGCGUCUACAACUGCAGGACCUGUGAGUGUGCGCUGCCAUCCAGCUCCAGAGACACCUGGUAACUCAAUAGGCCUGGAGGCCAUUAUAAGAAAGGCCUUAAUGGGCAAAUACGAUGAUCAGGCUGAGGAACGCUCACCAUCCAAUGCUGCUAGCCAGAUGGGAUCAGCUGUGUCUGCUGGUAUGCCCGUUGCCGACGGACGCGUUGAAGACUUUUUCUCACAAGGUGGGGGAAAGUCCUCAAAGGGCAGCGGGCGCUCUAAUGGGCGGAAGGCCAAAUCUCCAGGACCAGGCCUGUCAGGGGGGGAGAGACCGUCCUCCGUUUCCUCAGUCCACUCUGAGGGAGACUGCAACAGACGAACUCCUCUAACUAACCGUGUUUGGGAGGAUCGGCCUUCAUCCACAGGUUCAACUCCAACUCCCUUCCCGUGUAACCCGUUGAUAAUGCGUUUCCCCAGCGGGACGGUGUCGGCUCCCUCACCCUCCUCUGGCCAACUGGGGGGCCAGGGCCCGGGUCCUGGACAAGGUCGGUCCUGGGAGGAGGAGCCCAAGCCUCUGCUCAUGUCUCAGUACGAGACCCUGUCUGACAGCGAGUGACCCAGAAGUCUAUCGUACCACAAGACGUGCUAAGAGUCAACCAGCUCCCCCCCGCCCCCCACACACACAUACAUACAUACAUACAUACAUACAUACAUACAUACAUACAUACAUACAUACAUGCAUGCAUACAUACAUACAUACAU